AUGGGUAAGUGCUUCAACGUCAAGUUUUUCAUCGAUGACAAAGAGAAGACUGGUUUAUGGUGGCGCGUCUGUGUUUUAACAUCUCGCUUGCAGACUAAUCCCGAGAAUCAUUUCACCAACUUACGCCACACAGACCCGAUUCAGAAAAAUCCUUUUCGAGUUGUCAUGGACACCACCGCUUUUCUAGAAGAAAGACCGUGCGCCGUGGCUUGUUCCAGAGCGUUUUUGGACGACUAUCCUUGA